AUGUCGUCCCAAGAUAACACCUCUACCCUCCAGUCUGUCGUGGACACUGCCACGGGAUACAUCAACUCAGGCAUCGCCGCCGUUACUGGCAGUGCUGGCGAUCAAGCCAACGCAGACCACUACAAAGCCAAGGGAGAGGCCGAAUCAGACCUUUCCCAUGCUGCGGCCAAGGCUGGACCUUUCACCAUCAGUUCAACCGGCGCUCCGGCCAAAGACAACAGCGACCGUACUCAAGGACAAUGGGAUCAAACAAUAGGCAGCGCCAAGGAGACCGUGGGAAACCUGCUCGGCAAUGAAAACCUCAAGCAGCAAGGCCGCGAGCAGAAUCUCCAGGGCCAGGGGCAGGAAGCCAAGGGUCAACUCAGUGACCUUGGCAAGGGAAUCAGUGAUCGUGUCCAAGGUGCAGUUGGCGGUGCUGCUGCCGCCUUGACAGGUGAUCGUGCUCAGCAGGAAAAAUAUGCAGAUAUCCACGACGAGGGAAAGACUCGUCAACGUGGAGUUGAGCUUGAUCUCGACAAGCAAGCAGCUGCUCAGAAGUGA